GGCAGAUAACCACUUCUUACUUCACCUUCACUGUCAGCCACCAUGUCUUUCUCUGGGAAGUUCCAGCUGGAGACUCAGGAGAACUUUGAGCCUUUCAUGAAGGCCAUUGGUCUCCCUGAUGAUCUCAUCCAGAAAGGCAAAGAUAUCAAGAGCAUGUCUGAGAUCGAGGAGACUGGCGACAACUUCAAAGUGACGGUCACAACUGGCUCAAAGGUCCUUGUCAACAGCUUCACCAUCGGAAAGGAGGCUGAGCUGGAAACCAUCACUGGAGAGAAGGUCAAGGCGGUGGUCCAUCGUGAAGGCAAUAAGCUCAAGGUUUCCCUGAAGGGAAUUGAGUCUGUCACAGAACUGGUGGAUGGGAACACAAUUGUCAAUACAAUGACUCUCGGUGGCAUUGUGUACAAGAGGACGAGUAAACGCAUGUAACUGUCUGCACUAGGGAUAAUAAAAUGUAAAAGACAA